AUGACAAGAAAGGAAGAGUGCAUCGAAGUAAACAAGAGUGCAGCACGGCCAUCGCCCACAAAGAUCGGGACAGACGGUGCCAUUGAAGAGCCCUCCGAGACAGACAGCACAUCACAAUCUAAUGAGAACUGUGCCGUCGUUGAUUUGGAAAGCGGGGAACAAGCAGAAAUUCGGGAGCAAACCGAAGUCGACGACGACGAUGUGGAUGCACCUCCGUACCUCAAAUUUGCAAGGGAAAAGCUUUCCGUGCUGUUGCUUGUGUUAUGCUGGGGUUCACUUGCAGCUUAUUCGCUCUGGGCAUACAUUGUUGACUUUGACCGUGCCCUCCCUCUUUUGAUCAUCGAAGUUACCGUUGCAACUUAUUUCGUCAUUUCAUACCUCGCGACCAAGUACUGGAGCGAGCAACUGUCCUUGUUCGAUUCCACCUUUCGUGAAAGCUUGAAGAGUCUCGAGAGCCGACGUGCACCGGCAAUCCUUCUCAUUGUCAUCAUGGUAGUGACCUCAGCGCUGCUCGUCGAAGAGGCUCGUAACCUUGUGAGUGCCUUGGGGCUGGUUGUGUUUGUCCUCGUGUCAUAUGUGACAAGCUGGAAACCAGGCAGUAUCAAUUGGAGACCAGUCCUUGGCGGCGUGGUCCUCCAAUACAUCUUGGGCUUGCUCAUUUUGAAAUCCCCAGCCGGCUUUGCAGUCUUUGAGUUCUUGGGAAACCAGGUGACAACUCUUCUGAACUAUACCUACGCAGGUUCUUCACUUGUCUAUGGUUACCUGGCUGAUCCGAGCCUGUUUGGGACAGCAUUCCAGCUGGCCGAUGGCGGCGAAUACUACUUAGCGCCACCUCUCUACUUCAAUGCAUUCAGUUCCAUCUUCUUUGUGGCGUCACUGGUAUCCAUUUGCUACUACCUGGGCAUUAUUGAGUGGAUCAUGAAAAAGAUUGGAUACGUUCUGGCCUUGAUCAUGGGCACGUCCUCUGCAGAAACACUUAGCACUGCUGCAAACGUGUUCCUGGGUCAAACGGAUGCUCCACUGGUGAUCAAACACUUCAUGGAUGACAUGACUGAGAGCGAGCUUCAUGCUGUGAUGACGGGAGGUUUCGCCAGUGUUGCUGGCUCUGCAUUGGCAGCGUACGCUAGCCUGGGCAUCUCAGCGACUCAUCUCCUCUCAGCCAGCGUCCUGAGUGCUCCUGCAGCUUUGGCCAUUUCCAAAGUGAUCUACCCGGAAACCAACAAGUCCAAGACUGCAGCUGGCACCAUGUUUGAUGUAACCAAGUCCACAGACUCGAACAUUAUUGAAGCAGCAGCCAGCGGAGCCUCUCUGGCCAUCCAUCUAGUUCUCAGCAUUGGAGCUCAGCUGAUUGCAUUCUUGGCAUUGGUUGCCAUGCUGGAUGGCUUCCUCGGAGGCAUCGGAAGUCUCGUUGAUGUACACCUUUCCUUCUCCUCCAUUUGUGGUUACCUCUUCUAUCCUUUUGCCUGGCUCAUGGGUGUCGAGGCUCAUGAUUGCCUGGCAGUGGCAUCACUGCUUGGUACCAAGGUUUUCUUGAACGAGUUUGUGGCCUACACGGAGCUUGCUACGCUCAUUCAGAAUGGAGAACUUGAUCAAAAGUCCAUUGUGAUUGCGACAUAUGCACUUUGUGGAUUCUCCAACUUUGGAAGCAUUGGGAUCCAGCUAGGUGGCUUGACUCCUCUAGCACCAUCCAAAGCCAAAUCCUUGACCAAGCUAGUCCUUUCUGCCAUGAUUGCUGGAAACACUGCUUGCUUCAUGACCGCUUGCAUUGCUGGCCUCUUGUAUGAUUCUCAAGUGGCAGAGAAUAGUGCUGGAACAGCUGCAUUCACAAGCUCGUAA